AGAAUUACACCACUGCCAUGACAGCGAAGGGCGAGAGUAGAGCAGGCGGAAUAAACUCAUCUGUCAUACUCUCCUCUGUGCCGUGUGCUCGUGUCUGGAAAGUGCAGUGCUGGUCGGAUUGUGGGCGGUUUCAAGAACGAGAGCCGGUUUACAGUACGGAAAAGUGGUCAAUUUCAUCAUCAAUGGCGCAACAAAGGCAUUUCCUACAGUUUUAUUGUUGAUGCGUGGUUUGAAGAGAGGUGAUGGAUGUCCGCAUGGUUCUGGGGGGUCCAGAUAACGUUCUCCUGGCCAAUAAUCCUGACACAGGAAGUGGAUGUUUGAAGCAUCCCUGUGAGGACCAGGACAGAAGCUCCAGCCCGUCUGUCCUUCGUUCUGUGACCACCACAGGGAAGGAAGGUCUGCUGAACAGAAAGAGACCAUUUGUUGGAAGAUGCUGUCACUCGUGCACACCCCUGAGUCAGGAGAGGCUGUUUAACCCCAGCAUCCCUUCACUAGGGCUCCGUAAUGUGAUUUACAUCAAUGAAACGCACACAAGACACAGAGGUUGGCUUGCACGGAGGCUGAGUUAUGUGCUGUUUGUCUUGGAGAGGGAUGUCCGGAAGGACAUGUUUGCCCGCAAUGUGGUGGAGAACGUGCUCAACAGCAGCAGGCUGGAAAGUGCUAUCGUGGAGGUAGCAUCUGAGGGUGCCAGCACAGAUGCAGAGUCUGGAGUGGAUUCCAAAGCUGUCAGUAAAGUUAGACGGAAGACCAGAGGAUUCCUGCAGGAAAUGGUUGCCAAUAUCUCACCGGCCUUCAUCAGAAUAACAGGAUGGGUGUUGUUGAAAUUGUUUAAUGGAUUCUUCUGGAGUAUUCAGAUCCAUAAAGGUCAGCUGGAGAUGGUGAAGAAAGCAGCAUCUGAGAACAAUGUUCCCCUGGUCUUCCUUCCUGUUCACAAGUCCCACAUAGACUACCUGCUCAUCACCUUUAUCCUGUUUUGUCACAACAUCAAAGCCCCUCACAUCGCAGCCGGCAACAACCUUAACAUCCCUAUAUUAAGCACACUAAUACGGAAGCUCGGAGGAUUUUUCAUUCGUCGUAAACUGGAUGAGACUUCAGACGGAAAGAAGGAUAUGUUAUACAGAUCACUGUUACAUGCAUACACAGAAGAAUUGUUGCGGCAGCAGCAGUUUCUGGAGGUGUAUUUAGAGGGCACACGCUCUCGCAGCGGGAAGCCAUCUCCAGCACAUGCAGGCAUGCUCUCAUUUGUGGUUGACACAUUAUGUGCCAACAGCAUCCCCGAUGUCCUGAUCGUGCCUGUUGGUAUCUCAUAUGACCGCAUUAUAGAAGGAAACUACAACAGCGAGCAGCUGGGCAAACCUAAAAAGAAUGAGAGUCUGUGGGGAAUUGCUUGUGGCGUGUUCAGGAUGCUCCGGAAGAAUUACGGCUGUGUGCGUGUGGAUUUCACGCAGCCCUUCUCCCUUAAGGAGUACCUGGACACACAGCGCAGUCGCCAUCUCCAGGCCCCUCUCACGCUGGAGCAGAUCCUUCUCCCCACAAUCAUAGCUGCACAACCUGAUCAGGCUGUUUUUAAUGGAGAAGAUGAGGAUCAUCUGAAUUCUAGAGACCUGUCAGAUGAGCCCCGGAGGAGGCAGGUCAUCGCUAACCUGGCCAAGCACGUUCUCUUCACCGCCAGCAAGUCAUCAGCAAUCAUGUCCACUCACAUCGUGGCCUGUCUCCUCCUGUAUCGGCACAGACAGGGUGUACUGCUGUCUAAACUGGUGGAGGAUUUCUUCAAUAUGAAGGAAGAGAUCUUGUCACGGGACUUUGACCUGGGUUUUUCUGUAAAUAACACCAAGGAGGAUGUGGUCAUGCAUGCGCUUAGCCUUCUGGGAAACUGUGUAAAUGUCACCAGCACCAACAGAAACACAGAGUUCAUCAUCGCUCCUAGCAACACUGUACCUGCACUCUUUGAGCUCAAUUUCUACAGCAACGGCCUUUUCCACGUCUUCAUUGCAGAUGCCAUUAUAGCUUGCAGCGCGCUGGCCCUGCUGAGAGAGCAAUCUGCAACUUCAGUGAGUGGGCAGAAUUCUUCAUCUGUGCUGCUCAGCCAAGAGAGACUGAUCCGCAGAGCUGCAGGCCUCUCCCACUUUCUGUCCAAUGAGGUGGCAGUAGCGAUGCCAUGUCAGACUUUGUACCAGGUCUUCCAUGAUGCUGUGACCAGGCUAAUCGAAUAUGGUGUGCUCAUUGUAGCGGAGGAGGACCAGGAGGAGUUGAGCCCUUCUGAGGAGCCUUGGCCCAAGAAGUUUCCAGAGGCUCUUGCUUGGCGAAGUGAUGAAGAAGAUGAAGACAGUGACUUUGGAGAUGAACAAAGAGACCGUUACCUGAAGGUGAGCCCAUCAGCUGAGCCCCAGGAAUUUUAUACUUUUCUUCAGAGGAUUCUCACUCCGGUGCUGGAGGCCUACAGUGGUGCAGCCAUCUUUGUACACAGCCUGAUAUCGCCCAUGUCAGAGAGAGAGUACACACACAAGCUUUUCAAGUAUCUGCUAACUCGCACAGAGAGAGGAGUGGCUGUAUAUGGAGAGAGUGCCACACACUACCUCGUAAAAAAUACAGUGAAAACAUUUAAAGAGCUGGGGGUGCUUAAAGAGAGGCGAGAGGAUGGUGUGUGCCGUCUGGAGCUGAGCAGCACUUUCUUACCUCAGGCCAACAGAAACAAACUCCUGCAGUACAUUCUGGGUUUCAGUCUGCUGUGACACAUUAGGACCAUCGACACAGUUGCGCGGCUUUCCACACCACUCAAGGGCUUUUUACUGGCUAAUCAUGACUGUCAAAGGUGCUACUCUAAGGAAAGCUUUACCUGGAAGUGCCUUCACUAAACACCUCAUACUAGACUUAAGUUAGUCUUCCUUCACUGAAUAACCCUCCACGAUACACAAGUAGUUCUAUCAGCUCUUUCGUUUACCAGAAGCUUCCAUUCACAAAAUACUAUCCCAGUUUUGCCAGUGAAAGCAUUUGGUUUUCAGCUAAAUUGGGUGUCUUUAUAGCUCUGAAUGUUUUUAUGGUGUUAGUUUUUGACUCAGAUCAGUACAUGAACGUCACUCUUUAUGAGGUCUUCUUCAGUUUUUACACAACCUGCAUCACUGGCAUGAUGGCUGGUGUUUAGAAAUUUUUAAAAAGGGCAUUUGAUUUUCUUUUUAACUUUCACUGUUACUGUCAGAGCAUGUAUAGAAAUCGCCAUUAUCUUGCAGAGAAUAGAAAGACAAAGCAUCUUUCGAUAACAUGUGAAUACAUCAUAAUGGAAAUAGUGACUCGUUUUGAAAAAUAUGGAGCAAACGUCCAAGUAGUUGAUGAGAGUAGUUUAGGUCAUGUUUAUUCACUUUGUCACAUCCCAUCAUGGGUGCAAUCGGAGAUCCAUGAAGGACAAACAGUAGAUACAUGUAAUGGUUUUAGCAGGCCUAGAGGAUCAUGAGGGGGAAACUUUACUGGAAACUGAGCUUGAAUGCUUCUGCUUGGCUGACCAUUAUAAGAUAUGUUUGUAAUAUUCGGAGGAGGUUCUCUUGCUGCCAAGCACUUUGAUUUCCUCCUCAGUUACUGGUAUAUUUUAUUUUGGAGUUAAGUUCCUUGGCAGUGAGUCUUCUAUGCUCAGUGUGUGUGCAUGUGUGCAGUAUGUCUGUAGUAUGUGAAUUAAACUCUAUUUAUGCCAUAAAUUUGUCUCAAAGCACAAUAUAAGCAGAAUGUUAAAAAAAAAAAAAAAAAAGGUACGUUGCCUUCAUAACCACUGGAAUAUUGUGUUUGUUGUUGAAUAUAUAGAGAGCCUGUGGGCAGGCAAAAGUUGAGGAUACCCUGUAAUGUCCCAAAACUGCAAUUUACUUUACCUCAUCUUCAUUCCGUUUUUAUUAUCUGCGCUUUAGAAAGCCUUUUCUGCUGAUUUGUCAUUUCCAACUUCAUUUGUCAUGUGUUUUGUAUUAUCCCGACUAUGACCCCAUGCUUGUUUUGACAAGUCGAAGAAAACUCAUUUGUGUGUCAGCCUCUAGACGUUGCUAUGCAAUGGACUUGUUUUUACUGUGCAUGAAUGUAGUUGGCAGGCAUGCACACUUUGCGUAGGCUACAGAGAGAUUAAAAAGAUACAGGCUGCUCCCACGAUCUUGGAAAAAUCUGAAAGGAUCCACUUAUUUAAAGGCUGUGAGCUCCUGGGCUUGGCAGAUUGUGGAAGGCUUUGCAUAUCAAAUCAGUUAUGAUCUGCUGCUCUAUGCUGUUUAUCUAUGUUGUUUUUAAAUCCUUAUCCAAUAAUCUUGGACUACAGGAAAAGUGAGGGAAAUUCAUUGGUCAAAAAGAGUGGGAGCCCUGGUAGAAUAUAUAAAUAUAUAAGCUUACUUAUGUCAUGACUUACCCGAGCAGCUCAAAUUGCUAAGUUGUAUAUUAGUUUUGAAGUGACAUUGAAAGUGUUUUAGGGACUGAAUCAAAGCUGUGAAGGUUUGUUCAGAUACACAAGGCAUAUUUUAACAAUUUGCACAAAACCGUUGUGUGUGUCUAUAAGGCUGCAAAUAUUCAGCUUUAAAUUACAAUUAAAUGUGUUUUGAAUGGAAUAAUUCAUGUUGCAUGAUAAAUUGGAAAAUAAAUUGCGUUUAAAAAAAUUUAUCAAAUAAUGAUUAUUUACUAUUAAUUUGGUACUUGUAACGCAAGGUCAAGCACAUCGCUUCACGACGUAAACUCUCAUAAUGCAUCUUUACACAGCUGAAUUAAGGCUGCUCAAAAUUCUGUGUAAAGAUGUAAUGCAGAAUGAAAGCCAGACUAAACUAUACCCGCUCUGACCCACCUCAGUCCAUAGUAUAAAAGUGUACAGUUGCAAUUUUUGUGAAUAGGUCAUCUGGGUAUUCUAUGCAUGUUGUGCAUAGAACAUUCAUACCAUACAAUGCAGCAAUACUAUGCUAUUCUGAAUAUAGCCAACAUUUUCGAGUUGAGGGAGGCAGAAUAAUAGAGCAAAUCUCUACGUUUUGUGAAUGUGUUUAAUCACCACUGAAGUUUGUAUAUUUGAAAUUCACUUGAAUAUAAACAGCCAUAUGCAUUUCUCUCUCCCAGCAGACAGCAAUAAGAUGUUUUUUUUAAUUAGUUGCCUGUCCAUUAAUGCAGUCAUGUACUCUCAUACCAUGUGAAGUGUGAUAAGCAAUCGAUCAAUAGAUCCCUUUUUUGCUGUGAACAAUAUAGAUUUGAGGUGUUGUUUUUAAUCAGUUUCACAUUUAAUGUUCUCACAUCAAAUAAUGUAUGUUUUCCUCAACAUUUUUUUUAUUAGACAUGUAUACAAUUUAGUUGGGAUCCCACAAUUGUCUUGUGGGAUUGGGGAGUUUACUAAAUCAUAUUCUGUUCACUUAUCAGAAAGCUGUAAAUGUACAGACAGAAAGGCUUUAUGUUGUGUGUGUGUGUGUGUGUGUGUGUGUGUGUGUGUGUGUGUAUAUACACACACACACACACACACACAUAUACAUUUGUAAUUUUUUGUCUGUUGUCUGAGUGAUGUCAUUUAGUGCAAGGUUUCCCAAACUGUGGUCUGCAAGAUGAUGAAAAGCUAAUAAUUAAAUAAUGAAAAUCUAAAAUAAAAUAAUAAAUAAAUAGAAAUCAAAACAUACUAAGCCACACUAUUAUGUCAUACAACGACACAUUCCAAAACGAGUCGUUUUCUGAGCUUAUUUUCAAUAAAAACUGUUUUUAAACCAUCAAGAAAGUUUUGAGUUUUGAAACUUGCAGGAAGUUGACCUGUUAUAUGUCAAAAUAUCACGGGAAAUUUGAUUCCUCAGUUCAUGACCCCUUUGGGAAAGUUUGGGAAUUCCUGUUUUAUUAGAUAUUGAAGAAGUGAAGGUCAUACUUUCUUUUUAACUAAUUUUUCAUGCACUGUUGCAGAUACUAUGAAAUAAAUGAAUAUUAACAAA